GUCUCCAGUCAGAAGCCUAUGGGUACAAUCAUGAUUUGGUUAUCAUUCUUAUCAUACCUCCUUCUGGGGCCUGUGACAGGUCUUGACUUGGACACCACUUCACAGGAUUCUGUUUGCGAUGCAGCCACUUUAAUCAUCGAUGGUAUUAUGGACUAUUAUGAAGGAAUUCGCUAUGGAGGAACCGUAGGUAUGUUCCAGGCUCCUUAUUAUUGGUGGCUUGCCGGAGAAGUGUUUGGAGGUAUGAUCGACACAUGGUAUUUUUGUGAAAAUGAUACCUACGAGACGAUCAUCUACGACGCCUUAUUAGCCCAAAUUGGACAUGAUAAAGACUACAUGCCUUCAAAUCAGACUGCAACUGAAGGUAACGACGAUCAAGCAUUUUGGGGACUUGCGGCUCUCCAGGCUGCUGAGAGAAACUUCACCAACCCUUCGGGAGAAUAUGAGGACGUUUCUUGGAUGGGGUUGGCUCAAGCAGUGUACAACACCAUGUGGGCCAGAUGGGAUACCAGUAACUGUGGUGGAGGCUUGAGAUGGCAAAUCUUUACAUGGAAUACGGGUUAUGACUACAAAAACUCUGUGUCCAAUGCUGGUCUGUUCAACAUUGCUGCUAGAAUAGCCAGAUACACUUCCAAUGAUUCUUAUGCCGAGACAGCUGAAACUGUUUAUAAUUGGCUCAGAGAUGUGAAUUUCAUCACCUUGGAAGGAGAUGGCUACCAAGUGUUUGAUGGCGCCAAAAUUGGAACUGAUAACUGUUCUACCCUGUCCAAAUCCGAGUGGACCUAUAACUACGGUCUGUUGAUUGGUGGUUGUGCUUACAUGUACAAUUACACUGAGGAUGAAAGCUGGUUGACUGAAGUGGGAAGAUUUUACGAAGGAAUAUCGGCAAUUUUCCUCAACAACUCGAUCAUUUAUGAGCGUCAAUGUCAAGAAUCAGGAACUUGCAACAAUGACCAAAGAUCUUUCAAGUCAGUGUUCAGUCGCAUGCUUGGAGCAACAGCCAAGUUGGUUCCCGAUUACCAUGACAAAAUUAUGGACAUUAUUACGGCUUCUGCCCAAGGAGCAGCCAGUUCCUGUAGCGGAGGAAGCGAUGGGCACACAUGUGGUAUGAAUUGGGCAUACGGGGGAUGGGAUGGUUGGUACGGUCUUGGAGAACAAAUUUCGGCCCUCGAAGUGAUGCAAAAUCUGCUUAUAGAUCAGCACGACGCCCCAUAUUCUUACUACGGCGGACAACGUACCAACGACACCAGCUCUACACGUGGAGGCGGGUCGUCUUCCAUAGACGACGAGGCAGGUACCGAUGCUGAUGACGACUCUUUGAACGCAAACGCCAUGAAAAUCAAUUCAAAGGAUCGUGUGGGGGCCGGAAUAAUUACAGGAAUUGUUUUGGCCAUUGUGAUUGCGCUCACUGUUUGGAUGCUUGUGUGAAACUCAACACUUUCCCAAUAUCCAUAAGGGAGGAAACAACAUAAAACUUCUGAUCGAUUUGGCGCACCGUUUCUGUUUCACCAAUAAGACCGGAAGUGUGGUCUCUGUCGAUCAAGAUAGAGCCCAGGCCAGCACCAAGUGCACAAUUUACAUCAUUCUCCAUGUCUUCGCCAACAUGCCACGCUUCAUCAAGGCUUAUAAAAUUUCUUCUUUGUACCUGUUCCAAUAUUAGUUUGAAAAAUUCGCUGUCAGGCUUAGAUAUCUCUAGAUCGUAACUCAGAAAAAUAUCCUGUGGUUUGAAAAAGUUGCCGAGCCCGAACUCGUCAAUGAUCAGUCGCAAAACUCUUCGAUCUGCGUUAGAGGCAAUACAUGUUUGAACCUUUGAAGCCUUGACUGAGUUUAGGAAGGGCAGGACAUCUUCAAAUACAUUGUAAGCGUCCCGUGUCUCAAAAUGCUUGAUUAUGUCAUCGACAAACUUGUAGUUGCCCCCAUAAAGCGUAGACAAAACGUGACGCCAGAAAGUGUCUAUCGGCAUAUGUGCCACUUUACCAUAGUUGGGAUAUCUCCGCCAUACGCUCUUAAAGGCGCUUUUAAACCUUUGUUCAAAUUCCUCGGUGUUCAGAACUGCGCUGGCGCUGCUUGCGCCUGCGAUACGAUUGUAAACCAC